GCGCGACCGAGGCGGAGGCUGUCAAGCAACUUUGUGUAUGAACUUCCAAGUUUUGAACGAUAGCAAAAGGAAGGAGAAACUGGAGUAAAGGGAACAACGGAUAAGAAAAGACAAUACUAUUUUGACGUUUUUGUCGUGGUGAAAAUCUAGAGACUCGACGCUCACCUUGUGGCCAAACAUUGUGAUAGAGGUUUUCCUGGAAUCUGUGUCUCUGAGAACGGCGGAGGUGGGGAGAGGAAAGAUUAUCCUGAGACUGACACACAGGACAGGACAGGAGCCUAGUUCACCAGAGACCGACGCAGCAUACAGACCUGAGGAGGACCAACACUAGCAACAACCUUCUGUCUGCUCUGCCUUUCUCUUCCUCCUCCAGUCCUCCCAGCCACCCAUGCUCUGUGAGGCUCUCUAUCCUCUCCUCUCCCUGGGCAUAAUGCUCCAUCUCUACUGCUGAGCUCUCCCUUACCCCACCUUACCCCCUAACUCCACCAUGACCAGUCUGAAGCGGUCUCAGACGGAGCGUUCGGUGGGCGGCUCGGUACCUGCCUCUGAUGAAUUCUACACCCGUCGCCUGCGCCUCCCCAAUGGUGGCGCCCCCCCACCUCGCUCGGAGAGCACCCACCUCACCUCCUCUUCCUCAUCCGGCUCCUCUUCCUCCUCCACCCCGGGGGUUCCCAAGAUGGGAGUCAGGGCCCGCGUGGCGGACUGGCCCCCAAAACGGGAUGGAACGGGCGGGGUGUGGCACAUCACCGUAGAUACGGACUCCCCGAGUUCCACCAUGUCAUCUUCAGGUGGCGGAGAAUGUGGAUCAGGCGGGUCAGCCGGGGAACGCGGGUCGGCCGGGGAACGCGGGUCGGCCGGGGAACGCGGAGAAAGAGAACGGAGCUCGGGUUCAGGCUCGGCGCCCACGGCCCAUAGCAACCUGUCGGCUAAACUGGGCCACCUGAUCAGCCCUCAGGACUCCUCGAUGCUCCGGAACAUCCACAACACCCUGAAGAGCAAGAUGCACCACAGCAGACAUCACAGCAAAGACAACCGCUACCUGUCACCAGACGGCUACCAGGGCUCGCCGCGUAAAGGCAUGAGGCGUAUCCGCCAGCGCUCCAACAGUGACAUCACUAUCUCUGAGCUGGAGGGUGACGGGGGCGAGGGCUGGUCCUUCUCCGGCUGGACGCCCAUGCACCGAGAGUACGGAAGCACCUCCUCCAUAGACAAACAUGCAGGCUCAGGGGAGAGCUUCUUCGAUAUGCUCAAGGGCUAUACGUCCCAGGAGGCUCCUGAUCAACGCAGCCCGGCACCGGACAGACUUGGUGAGCUGCUGACGGUGGCCCCGCACAAACAGGCUGCCCUGGAUCUACCUGAUGGACCCCUGGGUCCUACCAGAGGUAGCCCCGCCAGUCGCCUGAAGGAAAGAGAGAAACACCUGAAGAGGAGGUCCAAGUCGGAGACUGGAGGGGAGUCCAUCUUCAGGAAGCUCCGCAGCGUCAAGGCCGAGGGUGACUCGUCCCGGGCUGGGUCUGAUGUGGAGGAUGGGGUGCGGGAGGACGUCAGCGGCCCCCCUCCCAAACCCUGGUCCUGUCAGAAAGGCUUCGCUCACUUUGACGUGCAGAGUAUCCUCUUCGACCUCAACGAGGCCAUCCAGGGUCGACAGUCCGGCGGGAAACGCAAGAACACCACCACGGGCGCCUCCGCCGCGGCCGCCGCCUCGGCCUCAGCCACUUCCUCGCUCUCGUCCAAUCAGAGCGGGGUAUGCGGCGGGGGCGGGUCUCCGUGCGGGUCCCAGGAGGAGCUGAGCGGGAAGGAGGGGGGCACGGGACAGGGAGGGACUCACACCACUAACCCUGCCCUAGACCCUGGUGAUGAGAAGAGCAACGAUCUGGUGCUGAACUGUCCUUGUUUCAGGAAUGAACUGGGAGGAGAGGGAGAGAGGGACAUUGGCCUCUCUAAACGGCAGGGUAGUAUAGGCAGUGGGGGCAGCACCAGUGGCUCUGGGGGGGGAAGUGGCUCAGAGGAGGGACCCCUGGAGACCUCUCUCCCCCACUUCACCAACGCCGGGGUGUCUGUGCUGGAGGCCCCUAAAGACGGACAGGGACAGCAUGCUGAUAGGGCCAAACGAUCUGUGGAGCACUGCGACCAGGGGUCUUACUACUACAGGAAAUACUUCUAUCUGAGAGAGCAUUGGAACUACCUGGGUGUCGAUGACACUCUGGGUCCAGUAGCAGUGAGUUUGAGGAGAGAGAAGCUAGAAGAACACAAGGAGCAUGGACAGCAGUACGAAUACAGAGUCAUCUUCAGAACCAGCGAGCUCACCACCCUGCGUGGGUCUAUCCUGGAGGAUGCGGUGCCAUCUACCUCAAAGCACGGCCUGGCGCGGGGUCUACCCCUCAAAGAGGUGCUAGAUUACCUGGUACCAGAGCUGAACACCCACUGUCUCAGACUGGCUCUCAACACACCUAAAGUCACAGAGCAGCUGAUGAAGCUGGACGAACAGGGGUUGAGUUUCCAGUUGAAGGUGGGGGUGAUGUACUGUGCGUCGGGACAGAGCAGUGAAGAGGAUAUGUACAACAAUGAUUCGGCAGGUCCUGCUCUGGAGGAGUUCCUUCAGCUGCUGGGGGAGAGGGUCCGACUGAAAGGAUUCACCAAGUACCGAGCCCAGCUGGACACUAAGACUGACUCAACAGGGACCCACUCCCUGUACACCACCUAUAAGGACUAUGAGGUGAUGUUUCAUGUCUCCACCAUGCUGCCCUACACACCCAACAACAAACAACAGCUCCUGAGGAAGCGUCACAUAGGGAAUGACAUAGUGACCAUCGUAUUCCAGGAGCCCGGGGCUCAACCCUUCACCCCCAAGAACAUACGGUCACACUUUCAACACGUGUUUGUAGUGGUGAGAGCACACCAACCCUGCUCUGACAACACCUCCUAUAGCGUGGCGGUCACUCGUUCUCGUGACGUCCCGUCCUUCGGCCCGCCCAUCCCAGAGGACGUGUCCUUCCCAAAGUCCUCCGUGUUCCGGGACUUCCUCUUGGCCAAGAUCAUCAACGCAGAGAACGCCGCCCACAAAUCGCACAAGUUUCGCGCCAUGGCGACACGGACACGUCAGGAGUACCUCAGAGACCUGGCAGAGCGCCACACCACGUCGACCCCCAUCGACCCGUCCGGGAAAUUCCCCUUCAUCUCAUUGGCUCACAAGAGGAAGGAGAAGAGUCGUCCGUACGCGGGGGCGGAGCUUCGGAGCCUCGGCGCCGUCACGUGGGCGGUCCACGCCGAGGAUCAUGGGGCGGGAGGAGAGCUCGAAGCACUACUGGCUAUCUCCAACGACUUCCUCAUCCUAUUGGAUCAGGAGGCCAAGGCCGUGGUGUUUAACUGUGCUACUAAGGACGUGAUUGGCUGGACGCUGGGGAGCCCCGCCUCCAUGAGGAUCUUCUAUGAGAGAGGGGAGAGUGUGUCUCUGAGGUCUGUCAGUAACAACACAGAAGACUUCAGAGAGGUGGUGAAACGACUGGAGUACCUGACUAAGGGUUGUGAGACGUCUGAGAUGACACUACGUCGUAACGGGCUGGGCCAGCUGGGUUUCCAUGUCAACUACGAGGGCAUCGUGGCAGAGGUGGAGUCGUACGGGUACGCCUGGCAGGCGGGGCUGAGGCAGGGCAGCCGAUUGGUCGAAAUCUGCAAGGUUGCCGUGGCGACACUGACCCACGAACAGAUGAUAGACCUGCUGAGGACGUCGGUCACCGUCAGGGUAGUCAUCAUCCCGCCACACGAAGACGCUACCCCACGCAGAGGUUGCUCUGAGCUCUACCGUAUGCCAGUGGUUGAGUAUAAGGGCAGUGGUGAGAGUGGUUCGUUUGACUACAAGUUCCCGUUCCGCAGCAAAGACAACAAGUGGCAGAGAACUUCCAGUAGUCCCCAGCAGUCCCUGACGGCCUCCCCCCAGCCGCACACCCCCAACCGGGCCGUCAGCCUGGGGAGCUCUGGGGGGAAGACUCUGUCUGCUGAACGCCCAGAGAGAAACGCUGCUAUUCCACGCAGUGUUAGUAGUGAUGGACGGCCGCUGGAUACCAAGAGAAUGUCUCCGGGCAGUGAGAACUAUGCCGUAACCUCCUCUCUGGCUCUGGGCCGUUCUCCUCACAACCGAUCUUCCCCCUCCAACCUCUCCUGUUCCACUGACACCUCACAGCACUGGAGGACUCAGAAGUCUAUGCCUGAGGGGUUCGGAGAACGCAGACAACACUCUCCUUUAUCUACGGAGCGGCAGGUGGUGGGAGAAGGAGGGGCUAGCGGCAAGUCCACACCAAAUUGGCCGAGAGUAGAGGAAGGGGGUGGGUCCGACAGAGGUUCUACAGCCCCCCAACAGCUCUCCCCAACAGCCCCCCAACAGCUCUCCCCCAGCCCCCCAACAGCCCCCCAACAGCCCCCCAACAGCUCUCCCAACAGCUCCCCCAACAGCUCCCCCAACAGCUCUCCCCCAACAGCCCCAACAGCUCUCCCCAACAGCUCUCCCCCAACAGCUCUCCCCCAACAGCCCCCCCAACAGCUCUCCCCCAACAGCUCUCCCCCAACAAAUAAUAGUGAAGACACAAACGAUCACACCCGAGGAGCCAAAGUCACACCUGAUGAGCCAAAGUCACACCUGAUGAGCCAAAGUCACACCUGA